AUGAGCGGAUUAAAUAGUUGUAAUAUAAUUCUUGUUGAAAAUAUACCUUUUGGUACAAAAGAAAUUAAGUUGAGAGAAAUUUUUCAACAAGUUGGACCUAUAGUCUCUUUUCGCCUAGCGUUUGAAAAAGAAAAUAAACAAUCUACAGGAUAUUGUUAUUGCGAAUAUCACGGUAAUUUAUUUAAACUUGCAAUCGAUCCUGCUACUGCCGCAAGUGCUAUAAGAAAUUUAAAUAACGUAGAAAUGGAAGAUCAAAGAUUAAUGGUUGGAUACGCCGAUAAUAAACCUCCUUCAACAACUAAUGAAGUUUACAGAUUAGAUCCUUCUUUUAAAACGUCUGCUCAACAACUUUCUCAACAACAACAAAGAUUAUUAUCUGAUAAACCGGAAUCCUCAUCCGGAAUGAAUGAAGUACAACUUCUUGAUGUCUUAUUAACUUUACAGCUGUACUCUCAAUCUACUAAUGAAGAUCGGGUUAAAGAAUUAUUACUACAAAAUCCCCUGUUGGCAUAUGAUUUAUUUAAAAUUCUGUUUGAACUUGAUCUUGUCGAUGGAGAUAUUUUAAAGUUAAUAAUAUCUGAACAAAAACAACCUGUGCGAACUUGUCCUACAACAUUUCCUACAUCGGUGAUGACAGAUUUGACCUUUCAACCAUCCCAAUUGGAUCAGAUACAAAUGCGGCAACCAUAUCAAGAACCCCAACAACAACAGAAACCUUUGCUGCAACACCAAUAUCCACAACAUUUGCAGUUGCAACAACUGAAAGAACGCGAACAACAAAAUGUUCAACAGCAACCUCCACAGCAAUAUCAGCAAAUUCCGUUCACAAUACCAUCAAUGAUUUCUCAAAAUAUCCAGCAAUCCGUACAACAAUCUCUUAUCCCUCAUAUAUCAACUAUGCAAGGAAUUCAGUCUGCAAUGUUCAAUUACGGAUCUCAAAUGCAAAAUUCAGGAGUAGUACAAGCCUUACAAACCGGAACGAAUCUUAAUAGCAUCUUUAUGAGCGACUUGCAAAUUCAAGAACAAAACGCCACGAUUAUUCUUCAACUUCUUAAUCUUACACCCCAACAAGUUGAAAUGCUUCCUCCUGAACAGAAAAGUCGUAUUCUGGCAUUGCAACAGCGAAUUCUUAGACGAGGUUAA